UAUCAAAGUUAGCAGAGUAACUGACUUCUAUAGUGAAUUUAGUUUCUUUAGUGUUAUUUAUUAUUUAUAAAUAAACUAUGUAAUAUUAAGUGGUUUUGUGAAGUGAUUUCUGUUCAUAGGAAUUGUUUUUAUAAAGAAUGGCCGAAAUAAUAUUCCAGCGGCGAAAGAUCGCGACGGUGCUAUCGGACCCGAACCCCCUGAUCAUCUUGCUGCUCCUGUCACUACUUCAGCCAUGUUGGUCGCAGGUCACCAACAAGCCUCCUCACUUUGUGCCUCAGAUAGGAGACAUGUCACAGUUUAGUUUAUCUGAGGAUACUCCUGUGGGGACACCGGUGUAUCAUUUGAAAGGAGUGGAUCCAGAGAAUGGUCCGCUGCGUUACUCCAUAUCUGGCCAGUAUUUCUCAGUAGACUCUAUGACUGGAGUCGUCACGCUCGCGAAGACUUUGGACAGAGAAGAACAAAGUGCUUUGGAAGUCAUCAUCAGUAUUACUGAUGAAGGAAUAGCAGAUACGGAACCAAACACAGUAUCAUUGAGGCGAGUCAUUCCAGUGAAAGAUGUGAAUGAUAAUCCACCAGUCUUCCACAACAGGCCUUAUAUUGUGAAUAUUAGUGAAGCUACUCCUAUCGGAACUGAGAUUGAGGUAAACCCAAAGAUAACAGUCACAGAUCGAGAUGAAGGUGAAAAUGCGAGGAUACGAGUGAUAUGUUCUACCAAAGAGAAGGGGAGCGAUACAGAGGGAUGCGCUACCUUUAGAAUUCAAACUGAUAUGAUAACACCAAACGAAUACCAAGUACGGCUGUUUUUAAAUCAGCCGUUAGACUUCGAAAGCCGAUCAGCUUACGUCAUCAGUUUAGAAGCUACUGAUUCAUCUAGCAGACCACUGAGAGCACUAGCUAGUGUAGCAGUAGCCGUAUGGGAUGUACAAGAUCAACCGCCAGUAUUUCUUAAUCCACCAUUCUCGGCUACAGUACCAGAAAAUACACCACCCAAUACAAGCAUUAUGGAAAUUAUAGCCAAAGAUGGUGACACAGCUAAUCCACGACCAGUCUUGCUGACCCUUGAAGGAGACUCUCAGCAGUACUUCAAAUUACUUCCCGACAGGCCUUUGGGACGCGCUACACUGGUCGCCUCCGACAUUCCUAUAGACAGGGAAAGUGAUGUCGUGAUGCAAAACGGAGGCGUUUACAGUUUCUUUGUCAAGGCCACAGAAUUAAUAAACAAUGAAGUGCCCUCAGACUUCACAGUGACAACAAUCACCAUAAUAGUAACAGACGUUGAUGACCACGUUCCAAAAUUCAAUAAAGAAGAGUUCGAUAUAUCGAUACCUGAGAAUAUUGAAAACGGCAGUCCGAUCCCUGGGCUCUCAAUUUAUGUUGAAGAUCAUGAUAUAGGACAGAAUAGUAAAUACGAUUUAAAACUACGAGAUGUAUGGAAUUCUGAAGGCGUUUUCGCACUAAGUACAGACCAUGGCGAGGGAAGAACUCCAAUUAGUAUCAAAGUUAAAGAUUCUUCAAGACUUGAUUAUGAAGUAGACGAUGAUAAUAAGCGAUUAUUUAAUUUCGAUAUUGUUACAAUGGCUAAUGGCGUAGAGUUAUCCUCGGCUCGCAUUAACAUUAAACUUCUUGAUAUGAAUGACAAUGCUCCAGUUUUUGAACAAUCCAGUUAUAAAUUCAAUGUGCCUGAAAACGCAACUAUAGGCACUAAAAUUGGGGAUGUAUUUGCUACUGACAGAGACUAUGGAAUAUUUGGUGAAAUAGAGUACACUUUGACUGGAUUUGGAUCCAACAUGUUCAAGACUGAUAGAAAUACUGGUGGUCUAUAUGUGCGACAGAUACUGGACUAUGAGAAACAAAAGAGUUAUAGUUUAACGCUCUUUGCUAAAGAUGGAGGUGGUAAAGGGUCUACUGCCAGUAUAUUUGUUGAAGUUUUAGAUGUUAAUGACAAUGCGCCUUUAUUUGAGGCCGCAGAAUAUACAAGAACUAUAAGAGAUGGUGCUACCAGUUUUGAACCACAAUUAGUUGUUCGAGCUACUGACGCUGAUGGUCCUACCCAAGGAGACGGUCAAAUUAAAUACUCGUUAGAAUCUGAUAACAGCAUUAGUCGUAAAGGCAAUGUGUUCACCAUUGAUGAAGAUACGGGAGAAAUAAGUAUAAUUGAAAAAGUUGAUAGUAUGGACACUCCUCGAGGUCAAUAUGAGCUGAUUGUAAGAGCUACUGAUUACGGCGUUCCGCCCCUGCACAACGAAACACGAGUAUUUAUUCGAGUUGGAGUACCAGGAAACCAACGACCCACAUUCAAAGGGAACUAUCACCACUACAAAUACACAGUGUCUCAACACAGUCCUGAAACUACUGAAGACUUUACUUUUGAUCUAAAUCCAAUGAAUUACAAAGCAAAUAUUAGGGAAGAUGCUAAGCCUGGUCAAAAUGUGACUAUGGUAGUUGCUAAUGAUCCGGAUGGACUUGAUGAUUUGCUAACGUACCAUAUCGUAUCAGGUUCUAGAGAUAAUUUUGUGAUCAAUGAAAAAUCUGGUCUUAUAACAGUGUCUAACGAUGCAAACCUAGACCGUGACAUAAAUCCAGACCGAUAUGAAAUCAUCGUAUCGGCAGUUGAUAGUGGAAUACCUAUACCAGAAACAGCAACUACCACAGUGUUUGUUACAAUCCAAGAUGUCAAUGACAAACCUCCCAAAUUCAACGUGACUGAAUCGACAACACACAUUUCUGAAAAAGCAAAGGUCGAUGACCCAGUAACUAAAAUUAUAGCUUAUGAUACGGAUGUCAAUUCUAAACUGCACUACAGUAUAGUGCAACCAAUUAAAGCCCUUUCCAAGGCUGGUGUUCAGCUGAAACCUAAUUCACCAUACGACUAUAAACACAUGUUUCGUAUCAAUGAAAACACAGGAGAAAUAUUUGUGAACGGAACUUUGGAUUACAGUAUGGCAUCGAUAGUUAUUCUGACGAUUAAAGUUGUAGAUAUUAACGCUGAAAUAAAUAAAGAGAAGCAAUUUGCAAUGAUAGAACAUACGAUUUAUAUACAGCCUUACGCUGACAAGAAUCCUCAAUUUACCAACGCAGGCUGGACUAGUUCAUAUCCUGUGAUUUAUCAUAAAAUUAAAGAAGAACAGCCUAUUGGCAGCACUGUUCUUGUGCUUAUGGCUGAAGACCCUGUAUCAGGGCAUUUAGUAUCAAGCUAUAAAGUAAUCAAUGCAGAAACUGGUCUGCUUCAAGUAGAUCCUCUAAGUGGACAAGUGGUAUUGACCAAACAUUUGGAUUAUGAGGACUUAACGACGACUAAUUUAACAAUAACAGUGAAGGCAUCAAGUAAUGAUGGCAGCAAACACAGUAUUGCCAAAAUAAUUAUUGAAGUCAUGAAUAUUAAUGACAAUCCACCUAUUUUCGAAAAAGAGCUUUACAAAGUAAGCGUUCUCGAGUCAGUGAAAUAUCCAGAACAGAUUGUAACAGUGAAAGCACAUGAUGCUGAUGCAGUUCUAACUGAAGAAGACAAAAUCAAAGGUUACUCAGAUAUCAGAUACAAGCUGAGAGGCGAAAAUUCUGACCUAUUUAAAAUUAAUAACGUUACGGGAGCUAUACAGGUAGCUGAAAACAAAACUCUGGACAGAGAACGGCAGUCGGUACUCAGGCUCGAAAUUGAGGCAUCUGAUACUCCAAGCGGAGGUGCAGACAAAUUGAAAACUACCGCCACUAUUCUUGUCGAUGUUUUAGACGUUGAUGACAAUGCACCUGAAUUUGAGAAGAAUGUUUAUACUGCUGUUGUGCCAGAAAAUGUACCAAUCGGUAUAAGCGUCAUUAAUGUUACCGCCACAGAUCCCGAUGAGGGAUUAGGAGGAGAAAUCAAAUACGAAUUCUUGGAUGAAGGAGAGGCAAAUGGCCUCUUCACAAUUGACGCUACAACUGGAGAAAUAAAAACCCGUAAAGACCUUACUGGUCGUGGUCGUACGGAUCCAUACAGACUGUUAGUUGGUGCGACUGAUGGCGGUGGACACUCUGGAGAUACAUCAUUAUCUCUAUAUAUCGGAGAUGUCAGUGCCAACGAUGGUGUACCAAGGUUUAUAAGACCUGCCGCCGGAGAAAUACUAAGCAUUAGUGAGAAUGCUACUAUAGGAUCAGCUGUGUAUCAAGUGGUGGCAAGUGACCCAGAUGAUCCGACUCAGCCUUCAGGACAACUGUUUUACUCUAUACAGCAAAGCAAUGCUGACGCCAAAAUCUUUGCAAUCGAUCCUCAUUCGGGACAAAUCACGACCCGACAGUCAUUGGACAGGGAACGCAAAGCAUCGUACACACUAGUGCUGCUUGUGACAGACAGAGGUCAACCACCUCAGCAGAGUACUAGGAUCGUCACUGUUAUGAUUACUGAUGUUGAUGAUCACAAACCGCAUUUUGGAAGGAACUCGGAUGAUCCUCCAGUACUAAUGACAGUGAAAGAAGAAGUUCCUAUCGGUACUGUUAUUGGUCAACUAGAAGCAAUUGAUGAAGAUAUUGAUGAGAAUGCAGCUGUCGACUAUGCUAUUACUGUUGGUAACGACUAUGGUUUGCUGAAGUUAGAAAGAACAAAUGACAGUAAGGCCCAGAUAAUAACAGCAGCAAGACUUGACAGAGAAGAGAUUUCCAAACAACUUAUUACUGUAAAGUGCUUCAAGUACGGAACCAAACCAAGACUGAACAAAUCGUAUAAUAGACUGGACCCCUCAGAAAUCCAACUGCUGAUAAAAGUCUUAGAUAUAGACGAUCAUCUACCAGAAUUCGAGAGUGCCAACAUGACAGUAGGAGUCAGAUUGAACGUGCCCAUAGAUACCUUAAUAGCUACAGUCAAAGCUACUGAUAAGGACCCUGAUGCUAAACCUAUUAAGUAUAGUAUAGUAAAUAUGACUUUUGAAUCUCCAAUUAAAGGAAAAUCGCUGAAUAACAUCAGUUAUGUAAUUGUAUUAAAUAAUGUUACUGGAGAUCUUAAGAUAAUGAAGAAUUUGAUACAUUAUGCGGAUGGAAUAUUCAGGUUGGUGAUCCGAGCAAACAAUACCGAAGAUCUUGAGAGGUUUAGUGAUAUCUUAGUUGAGGUGAUAGUAGUGAGGGAACGUGACCUCCUCCGGCUGGUGAUGUCAGGAGGAACUAGGCAGAAGUACGCCGACCUUCGAGACAGGAUGUCAGCAGCGCUCGCGCAGAAGGGACUGAGGAUGCAGCUUCAUGAUGCGAAUAACGCCUUCUUUGCUAAUCCUGGGCCAUGCUUCCAAUUCAGAAAAGUGGAUUCGGGCGAGGCAUUAACUCCCAAAGCUAUGAAGGCGACUAUCCGUGCCCUAGGCACUGAGUUUCAGGAGAUAUUGGAAACGUUCAAUGUACAUAAUAUAACGAGUUGUGGCGUGUCUCGCACGAAGCAUUCGCCGGCGCAGCAUGCAUUGCUGGGCUUGGCUGCUGUGUUACCCUUCGCGGCUUUUAUAGCCACGCUUGUAUUGUGCUGUAUGCAUUCUAGUGCCAAGAAAAGGGCCCGAGAAGCCCUAUUAAUAUCAAGGGAACCACCGCCAGUGGCAGCCAGCAAUAUUUCAGUGCCAACAAGAUUGUAUGCCGAACCGCUCUAUACAACGUGACUAACUAGAAUUAAUUGGUAGUAGAACUAAGGUUACACACAAGACAUUAUGUUUUGACAGCAUACAGGCAAGAUUCUAAGUGGGUGGCACCGUGACGCACACCAAUGUUUGUUGUGGUUUACUAGCAAACAGAAACAAAUAUAUACGCGGAGUUGCAACUUUUGUGUAUGAACACAUAACUGUGCACUCCCGCCCACACAGAUUUUGUUGGAAAAUAAAAUCUACGUAAAGGUAUUUUGGUGGAAUCUCGCUAUAAAACGCAAAGUUGGACAUAUAAAUUUUCUAAGUGCUGUGGAUUUCUAUAACUGAUUCAUCAGCUAUUUUGUGUUAACAGAUAGAAUUUUGACAUAAUUUACAUAGUUAAAAUUCAAUCUCUACGCAACAUAACGGUAAAAUCAGUUAUAGAAAUCAAUCAUAAAUUAACUACCGAUAUUGAUUAUUCACAUGAAUUUUAAUUUCAUCACAAUGAAAGUCCAUUUUUACCAUUGAUUUUUCUGCAAAUGGAAUUUGAGUCCAAUUUAACUAGAACAAUAGUUUACUCUGUCACCUUAAUGUUCUUUUAUUUUUAAACCGAUUCUAAUAUAUUAUCUUUUAUCUUUGCUUUAUACUCGUAGAAAGUUUUGUUAAAGUAUGUGUGUUGUAAGUGAGUGUGUUUUGGUUAUGUUUUAUGAUGAGUGACUAUAAAUGAAAGUGAGUGAGUGAGUGAGUGUCUGUCUAAAAUGUUAAUUUCCAGCAAAGGCUGUUUUGAAGAGAUGGUACCAAUUGAUUAAA